UGAUGUCCUACCUCAACCGCAUUUUUUAUUCAACUACCCAGUAAAGACAAGAAACUCUUCGUGAAACAACUUGCUAACGUGGCUGGUGAUUUACUCAUCAAACCAGGAUGACAGAAGAUCAGGAUCUGAUGGCCAAGAUCAGCCAGCUUGCUGGUCAGAUCAAUAGGCACAAAACCCAACGCUCUCAGUCAGAAUCUCCUUACAGUAGUGAAAUCCCCUCAGGUCAACACGUAUCGCGACAUGUUCCUCAUCGAGGCCGUGGCUGGGCGCCGUAUCGCGGCCGACCUUACGCGCGAGGACGUCAUGUAGCUCCCCACCGCCACCGUACCCUCAUUCUCAACAACACGACGACAUCAGGAACGCCGGGGUCGACUACUCCCGCUGGCACGAUGACUGAUACAGAUGGCGAGGCGCGAUCGGCGACCCCGAAUGAAUGGGUUGUGAAGCACGAUCGUCAUAUGCAGCUCAUCAAUACUUCGAUAUACGACAAGGAAGCCCAAGCCAGGACGAAGGCGAUAGAAGAGAGUCGCCAGGCCAAGGCGCACAAGAGAGCACGAGUUGAACAGGCUAGAGUCCUGAAUUACGCGCAGGGUGUUGGCAGGACGUAUUCUGCGGGCUUCGCGGCUCCUCAGGUGUCUACUACUGCGGAGCCGUCAGCGGAGUUUCAAGUUUUCGUCAACGACAUCCCGUUUCGGGUGUCACGCGGGGGCAGCAAGUUGAUACGAGUGUCUGGUGCGUGUGUUCAGGACGCUCUGGUCAAGCGAACUAGCUUACAGGUGAUAGAUGAUCCGAAUACUGCCAACGCCACCCCGAAAAAAGUGACGGUGGCAGGUGUUGCGUUUGUCCGAAGCAAAAACGGAAAUCUCCACCGUCUGGGAGCUGUAACAUCAAAAAGAAAGCCAAUGGCGGUUAAGAAGAAAGACGCGCUUUGCCAGCGGUUCACUACGACGGGUACCAAUGCUUUCCCUACCAUCGGCCCUGGGAUCGCGCUGAUCAGAGUCUUGAAACCAUUAGGCAGCUGUUACAAAGGACCAACGUGCCCCUACACCCACGACCCGAACAAAGUCGCCAUGUGUAAAGGCUUCCUUCAGACUGGUCAAUGCAAUGCAGGUAUAAGUUGUGACCUAUCCCAUGAGCCUUCGCCACACAGAUCCCCUGCGUGCGUCCAUUUCCUUAGAGGGCGCUGCUCCAAUCCAGAGUGUCGCUAUGCCCAUGUUCGCGUGACACCGGGCGCUCCUGUGUGCAGAGAUUUCGCGGUUUUAGGGUACUGCGAGAAAGGUGCCGAAUGCGACGAACGGCACGUCCACGAGUGCCCCGACUACGCAAACGACGGCGUUUGCAAUAAGAAGCGCUGCCGCCUGCCCCAUGUCGAUCGGGCUGGCCAGAUCAGGAAAAACACAGCUUCUAGGACUGAUGUCAUGAUUCAUGCGGAGGAGUCUGACGCAUCCAGUGAGGAAGAAGAAUACGAUGAAAUCGACACGGAUGACGUUGAUUCAGAUGAUCUUGAUGAGGAUGAGCAAGAACUCAUCGCGGGCGAGUCUGAUACUGGCGAAGUGUCGCAGCAACAGGACUUCAUCCGCCUCUAA